AGCUUGCCGAAUGAACGACGAUCAGUUGUGAUCAUUGCACAUUCACGCGAAUUAACGAUUUGUCUUCUCCUGCGAUUAGUUACAAGAAAAAUGAUCUCUUGUCAGAUAUUGUUAUUCGCUUUUGUUGUGGGCUUUGCGGCUGCUGAAGUUCCUUCGUACAUUACGGUAUGUGGCCUAAGAAAUCCAAAUCUGGACGAUUGUAUACUAAAUAGUGUGAGUUCCCUGCGCGAGAAGCUUCGUCAAGGAAUCCCAGAUUUGGAUAUUCCUCCGGUGGAACCGCUGAAAAUUGCAGAAAUGAAAUUGACAGAUCAGCCGACUUUCAAAGCAGUGGCGACGAACAUUAGUAUUAGUGGAUUACUAACGUAUCACGUGAAUCACCUGCACUAUGACCUGAAGAAACAACAAAUUGAUCUUGACGUACGUUUCGACAACAUUAAGCUCGAUGCACUUUACAACGUCGAUGCGAAGAUCCUAGUGCCAAUCAAUGGAAAAGGACCUCUGACUUUAACGACAAAAGACGCCGGUGCAAAAGUGAGGCUUUUCUUCAAAUUCGCCGAACGUGGAGGAAAGAAAUACGUAUAUUUCUCUUCAAUGACUAUCGAUUUGGACAUCAAGGACUACGACGUGAAAUUCAAAGCCGACAAUUUCGAGCAAUCUCUACAAGACGCAAUCGGCCAAGCACUAGGUGACAGCCAUCAAGAGAUAUUGACUGCUGCCAAACCUAACCUAGAAAAGGGAAUCUCUGAGUUAGUUCUGAACAUGGCCAACAAAAUAUGCACGCAUUUCACUUUCGAUGAAUUGUUCCCUGAUCGAGAAUAAACGCAUUUAUUUGAUCAAAAA